AUGGCCCUGAUGGAUGACAAGAUCGCUCAGCCCGACCCGGAGACAACCCCAUCAACAAUCACACACGCCAAAGACUGGCUCUCAACCCACGACCCAGCAAACCCAAGGAAUUUCUCCCUGGCGCGCAAAACCUACUCCAUCACAGCCGUGACACUGCUAGCCUUCGUCACGACCUUCGCCGCCUCAAUCUACAGCCCGGGCGCCCCAGAAGUGGCCAAACUCUUCAAUGUCUCCGACGAAGUCGCCAUCUUACCACUAUCCCUCUACAACCUAGGCCUAGCAUUCGGCCCCCUCAUCGGCUCACCUUUGAGCGAAACAAGUGGUCGAAAAAUCGUCCUGCUGAUCAACACACCACUCUUCGCGCUCUUCACUCUCGGCGCGGGACUCGCGAAGAAUAUCGAAACCUUGAUCAUAUGUCGCUUCUUCGCAGGCGUCUUCGCGGCUCCAGCUGUCGGCAAUGCGUCCGCAACCUUGACGGAUUAUGCUGCUAGUCAGUACCGCGGGAUCUCGUUCGCGUUCUACUACUCCAUGCCGACGUUUGGAGCGUACGUGGGACCGCUGAUCGGUGGAUUUGUGACUCAAAACAAGGGUUGGAGGUGGACGCAGUGGGUGACGAUCAUCUUCUUGCUGGCGUUUUAUCUCCCGAUCCUGUUCAUUCGGGAGUCGUACAAGAAGACCAUCCUACGGCGGCGGGCGAAGAAGUUGGGGGUGGAGGGGCCGCCGACGAUCCCACGAUCGCUGCCGGCGAACGUGCGGUAUUUCGCUACCACGCUGGUCUUCAGGCCGGUACACAUGCUGCUGACGGAGCCGAUCGUGACGCUGGUCUGUCUCUACAACGGCUUCCUCUUCGGCCUAAUGUACACCUUCGUCAUCGCCUCUCCAUGGGUCUACGAACACUACUACCACUUCUCCACCACCAGCCAAAGCCUCUCCUUCCUAGGCCUCAUAAUCGGCACGGGAACCGCACCAAUCCCUCUCCUCCUACUAGACUACUUCGUCUACCAACCGCAACUCCGGAAGUUCCGCAAACAAAAACCAUCCGAAGACGAUCAAUUCCCGCCAGAAAACCGCCUCGUACCCGCCUUAAUCGGCUCCUUCGGCCUUCCCAUCUCGCUCUUCAUCUUCGCUUGGACGGCCCGCCCUGAAAUUCACUGGAUCGUGCCCAUCAUUUUCCAAUGCACGAUCGCCUCCUCCAGUCUCCUGAUCUACGCCUCAUCAAACCUCUUCAUGAUGGACGCCUAUGGCCCCUUAUACGGCGCCUCGGCGGCCGGAGCAGCGAUGCUAUCCCGGUAUUUGAUGAGUACAGUGUUCCCGUUGUUCAGUCUGCAGAUGUACAAAGCGCUGGGCGUGGGAUGGGCGACUAGUCUGCUCGGGUUUUGCACGUUGGCUAUGGCGCCUAUACCGUGGUUGUUCUGGAAGUGUGGGGCGGGGUUGAGGAAGCGGUCGAAGUAUGAGACUAGUUCAUGA